GCAGCCCUCUCUGCGAAGGUAUUUAUAAGUUUUCUUCUGUUUUCCUCAAAGAGACUUCAACAGGACUUUUCCUUGUUUUCACUGCGAGUCCAUAUUUGUGGUUUGAUAUCUUAACUCUGAACUUUGAACUGGCCGUUGUAUCCAAAUACUUUAUAUGAACAUGUGGAUGUGGAUUUUGAUCGGCCUUGACUUCAUCACAAAGGUGCAUGGGUAUCCAAAUUCUCCCUUCCCGGACUCGUGUGUAACGAUGUCACCUAUUCACAAGUCCAGAACAGGGCAACUUAUUCCUCCUCAGACCAAAAUACCGCCCUAUGAGGUCUCUUAUGCAGAGGGCAGAGAGGGAGAGCCUAUAAUAGUUUCUCUCCGUGGAUCCACAUCAUUCCGGGGAUUUAUGUUGGAGGCGCGACAGACAGACGCGGCCAACGACAUGGGUCCUGUUGGAAAGUUCAUCCUGCUUCCGUCUUAUGGGGCUAGACUGAUGGCAUGCAGUAGAUUAGAAGGCUCGGCUGUUAGUCAUAUAAACGAAGCUAGAAAGACGUUGAUACAAGUUAACUGGACAGCACAGGGAGAAGAGCUAAAUAUCACUUUCAGAGCUACAUUUGUUCAGUCUUACAGUACGUUCUGGGAAGGAGUGGAAGUGAAUGUCAUUACACCUACUCCGCCAAGUACUACAACAAGUACUGAACCAAGUACUACAACAAGUACUCAGAGGCCAAGUACUGCAACAAGUACUCAACCAAGUACUACAACAAGUACUGAACCAAGUGCUACAACAAGUACUCAGAGGCCAAGUACUGCAACAAGUACUCAACCAAGUACUACAACAAGUACUCAACCAAGUACUACAACAAAUACUGAACCAAGUACUACAACAAGUUCUCAAAAGCCAAAUGCUACACUUCCAGAGGAAGGAGUUCCUGUGCUGAUGAGUAUCGACAGUUAUACUGACAUACUGAAAGUGGGACUGUUAAACAUAGCCACCAACCUCAAUGGCCACUUUUCUCUUUCUCUGUGUAAGGGGUUGAUGAUAUUGUGCAGUGUGGUUUGUGCAGCAGUUGAAAUAAUUGCUGUGGUCUGGUUUUACUUGGAGGAUUCCUCUGAAGUCACUCUUGUAGCUCUUGUGUAUGUGGUGAUAGCAGUUAAUUUCGUAGAGCUGGUAAUCGUCACUCUGCCAUUAGGACCCAGUCAUGAACUGAAGGAGAUCUGUCACCUGGCUGUCAGAAUGUGCUCUGUCAUCCAUGAGAUUUUUGCAAUUGCUGUCAUAUUUCUUGGCGUUUUGGAGAUUGACAAUUGCAGGCAGAACAGAAGAGAGUCUUGGCUUCUGAAAGUGAUGAUCGCUUACUCUGCAUGGAUUUUCCUGUUUGCAGUCUGGGUUUUCAUAUUCAGUACACACAUAAAAAUAAUACUGAGGAGAAGCAAAAUAGUGAGUUCAAAAAGGAGGGAGCAAAAGAGGCAACAAAGACAAAAGAAGCUCAGUGCAGCCGAAAAGAUUGUUGUUGCUGCUUCAGUAAUCAUCAUCGUUGGAGCCUGGACUUUCACUAUAGCUAUCAUUGUUGGGAUAUUCAGAUGUCAGGAAAAGUAGGCUUGUGCACCCUGAUUCGUGAAGAUGUUCUGGUACUUGGUUGUAUGUGAUGUACAGCUGUUUUUCUCUUUUGGACAUUUUUCUAUUUAGUCACAUAUUUGUAUGUUAUUCAUAAGUAUAAAUUCAAUUUGAUUACAAGUUUUUACUUAAAAGUGUAAAUAACAUAAAACAGUUUUUUCCCCUGGGUGGUGCCUCGUGAGCCAAAUCUGAAAAUGAAGUAGUGUCUAAUUUAUUAUAUAUUAUGUACAAGUACAACAUACCAGUAAACAGACAGACAUUGUUUUUCAUUUUCCAAGGAAGUCUGAAAUCAGAGAGAAAUAUUUGCAGGAGUUACUCAUGCUUCAUACAGUAGGCAUUUAUCUCUUUGUGCCAGGCACAACCAGUCAUCUCUGAGGAGGUGUUUCAGUGGCGUGGUCAUUUCCUUGGCAAGUAACUGUGUGGAAUGUGCUACUCCAUUGAAAAACAAGCCCCUCAUGUAGCUGAAGUACUUUACUCAUGUAAAAUAUAUAUGUGCCAAAUUGAUAUAAAAUGUGGAGAACUCAAUUGUGACAAACCUUCCCUACCUAACCCUCCCUUGUGUUGAAGGUCAGCCAGAUGAAACUACAGCACAUACUGUAAAUGAAUCAUAAAGGCUGAAUCAGUUUCUAUGUCUGUAAUUCUUGGACUAUGUGGAUGAGUUUGAUUUGAAGUGUACAAACCAAACUAAAUACAACCUCUAAACAUCAAAGUCUGGGAUGCAGUAGACAGAGGCCCCAAAAGAUUUUUUACUAAGAUUUGCAAGACUUUCAAAUCUGUACAGUAAAACCAAUGUUUUGUGUGUGCGUGUGUGUGUGUGUUUGAAAAAGAGUUCAAAAAGGAAAAAAUCCAUAUUAAACUCUUGAAUGGCUGAGAUUGACUUGUUAAUGUUUCAACACAGGUCAUGUGUGUUAAUCAGGUGAGGUGUGUUAAAAUAAAAUCACAGUUGUUUUGUG